AUGACGCAGCUCUUCGCUUCCAGUCCAUCUGCAGUGACAAAUAACGAGAAGCGCGGCAAUUUCCCCGCUCUCUCCCUUCCCUCGCGAAAACACUCUAACGAGUCCGGCCAUUUGCCUACAAGGAUCAAGAACUUUUUCCGAAUCAACAGUGCAAGCAGCCACUCCUCUGCGAAUGCCAACAGUUCCGGUAGCAAUGAACGGGAACGUGAACGGGAUCGGGAUAUCCAUGGGUCGGUCAAGAACGAGAAGUCCGCUUUUCGGCAAUCUCGAUUCCUGCCGGGCAUUGGCCGCAAUCGUUCAACAACGGUCGCCAGUGAGGGCAACCCUCUCGACGAUGCGAUGUCGCCUACCGCAUCUGCCAACCCAUAUUUUGCCCACCAGGGCCAGCCUGCAUUACGACACCGCAACGAUGGUUCAGUACCAUCCUCUCCACCCGACACCCCGGAAUUGCAAGUGACCGGGGUAUCAGCAGCAGAACAGGCCACUACUGCUAACAAGGAGGAGUUAGCGCGGAAAUUGCGACGUGUGGCUUCUGCCCCGAAUGCGCAAGGCCUGUUUACAGGUGGUCAAGGUGACCGACCUCAGACGGCAGACCUUGGAAAGGAGCCCCUGGUGCAACAAUCCGGUGGAUCAGUGGGUCUGGGAGGUUUGGUUGGCGAGGAGACUACCCUAUCUGUGCCUUCACUCUCAGAUAAUGCCUCUUUCCGCCGCACAUACAGUUCGAACUCCAUUAAAGUCCGAAACGUGGAAGUCGGUCCCGCUAGUUUCGAUAAAAUCAAAUUGAUCGGCAAGGGUGAUGUUGGCAAAGUCUACCUCGUGCGCGAGAAGAAGUCGAGUCGUCUAUAUGCCAUGAAGGUUUUGAGCAAGAAGGAGAUGAUCAAACGGAACAAGAUCAAACGAGCUUUGGCUGAACAAGAAAUUCUGGCUACAAGCAAUCAUCCAUUCAUCGUCACGCUCUUUCACUCUUUCCAAUCGGAGGAUUACCUUUAUCUCUGCAUGGAAUACUGCAGUGGCGGCGAAUUCUUUAGGACUCUACAAACUCGCCCUGGUAAGAGUAUCUCUGAAGAUGCAGCUCGCUUUUAUGCCGCAGAGGUCACUGCUGCGCUAGAGUAUCUCCAUCUCAUGGGCUUUAUCUACCGUGACUUGAAGCCAGAGAACAUCCUUCUUCACCAGUCCGGCCACAUCAUGCUUUCUGACUUCGAUCUAUCGAAGCAGUCUGGACCUGGAGGUGCGCCGACGAUGAUUCCUGCGCGCAGUGGUGGUAACUCCCUGACGGCUUUACCUACAAUCGACACUAAGUCGUGUAUCGCUGAUUUCCGAACAAAUUCCUUCGUUGGAACGGAAGAGUAUAUCGCACCCGAGGUGAUCAAGGGAUGCGGCCAUACUAGUGCAGUCGAUUGGUGGACCCUAGGUAUCUUGAUCUACGAGAUGCUUUAUGGCACGACUCCCUUCAAAGGCAAAAACCGAAACGCGACAUUUGCUAGCAUUCUGCGGGAUGAGGUGAACUUCCCAGAACAUUCGAAUGCGCAGCAGACAUCACAUUUGUGCAAGUCUCUGAUUCGCAAAUUGUUGAUCAAAGAUGAGACGAAGCGGCUAGGUGCUCGCGCUGGUGCCUCUGAUGUCAAGACUCAUCCCUUCUUCCGGCAGACCCAAUGGGCCCUCAUUCGUCAUAUGAAGCCGCCUAUGAUUCCCCACCAGGGUCGUGUCGGUACAGAUACGGUUAACUUCCGGAACGUCAAAGAGAGCGCCAGUGUGGAUAUUGGCGGCACCGAUUCUACCAAGAUGAAAGGUGUCCCCAUGGACUCUGGCCUUGCGACUCCGAACGGCGAACUCAACGAUCCCUUUGAGGAUUUCAACAGUGUCACCCUGCACCACCAAGGGGACAUGUAA